AUGAGUCACAGUUUAGCAAGAAAAUUCGAUAAAAUUGUGUCGAAAUUAUCGAAUAAACAUAAAGAUGUGAAACAACACGUCAGCGAUCCCGUUAAUUAUCAUUGUUACCAAGAAGAUCCUGUUAAUAAUGGCGAAACGCAACCACAAGAAUCGAUUCUACAACGAAUGAAACUCCAUUUAGGCCAUAUAAACAAAUCCGACCAUUCGCAACAUCCUGAAGGUGUACCACCGAGCCAUGUUAUCGUCGAAGAUUUAAAGAAUUCGCCAUUCAAAGAGCGGAAUCAAAACGCCAAGAAGAAAACAUCGUUUUUGUUCACAUUCUCCUAUUCAAUGUCGAAUAAUUCUCGUUUUCGUACUUAUAUUACAAUUGAUCGCCCAUUUGGUGACUAUUACAGGCGGUUAAAUCAAACCACGCAUACUCAUCUUCUUCUUACGCAUGCACCAAUGGGUAACGGUCCGUCUUCAUCAUCGUCGUCGAAUAAUACAAGUUCGUCAGCACUCGGAGGUAUUCCAAGUGAAUUGUAUAAACAAGCACGUGAAGAAUUCGACAGUCGUUAUGCAGUUCCAGCAACAUUUACAUUAGUUUACCGCGAUUUUCAAAUCCUUCGGCCACUCGGACGUGGCGCGUUUGGUUCGGUAAAAGAAGUUAAAUGUAUCCGUGAUCCAUUGCCUGAUUACCUUCAAUCGAGCGAUAAUUCAUUAAAAUCUCAUCGAAUCGCAUUGAAAAUUAUUAAUAAGAAAAGUGCACAUAAAAUGAAACAAGAAGAUCACGUUGUCAAUGAAAAACGCAUCUUACAAUCUCUCAAUUUCCCGUUCAUCAUUCGAUUUUACUUCUCGUUUAAAGAUAAUGCGAAUCUUUACAUUGGUUUGGAAUUAAUCGAAGGCGGAGAACUCUUUCGACACUUACGCGAUUGUGAAAAAUUCGAUGAGAAAAAAGCAAAAUUCUAUGCAUCUCAAAUCAUUCUAGCCUUAGAAUAUCUUCAUUUGUUAGGAAUUAUCUAUCGUGAUCUCAAACCUGAAAAUUUGCUCAUCGAUCGACAUGGUUAUAUCAAAAUGUGUGAUUUUGGAUUUGCCAAAAAAAUCGAUCGAGGUAAAGCGUAUACACUCUGUGGUACACCUGAGUUUCUGGCACCGGAAAUCAUUCUUGGUCGUGGGUACAACAUGGGAGUCGAUUAUUGGGCGUUGGGUGUACUGAUAUUCGAAAUGAAUGCCGGUUAUUCUCCAUUCUGGGAUGCUGAUCAACAAAAGAUUUACCAUAAGAUUAUCAAUGGAAAAUUUCGACCACGUUCUGCUUUUUCUGAUAAUUUAAUCGAUGUUAUUCGUGGUUUAUUACAGAAAGAUUUAACCAAACGACUCGGUAUGAUGUUCAAUGGUGUUAAUGAUAUUAAAAAACAUCCGUGGUUUCGUGAUAUUGACUGGUUGCAGAUCUUCUUGAAAAAAGUUCGCGCACCAUGGAUUCCUGACGUGCGUGCGAAUAACUUUCCCGACGCUGAAGAUGAAGAGCCAGCUCGUUCAUCGGUUAAUCUAUAUGAAAAAGAAUUCUCUGAUUUUUAA